GGCGGCAUCCCUGGCGAGAGAGUUGUGGCCGAAGUCAUCAGGGUUCGCCGAAAAUAUGUGGCCGCAAUAGUAGAGCAAGUCCUGGAGGCUUCUCCAUCAAGAAUUGAUGCGCCCUGCCAGUACUAUGGUGUGUGCACCGGAUGUCAAUGGCAGCACAUGGACUACUCGGCCCAGCUCAGUGUCAAGCGCGACAAGGUACUUGAUGCCCUCGAGAGAGUUGGAGGACUGAAUGACGUCAAGGUACAUCCCACCCUUCCCUCUCCCAUUCAAUACGGUUACCGGAACCACGCAAGGUUCACCGUUGGCAGAGAAGGCGACCUAGGAUUCGUCAACCGGGAAACCAGAAGAUUCGUCCACAUCGACAACUGUAUGUUGAUGCACGAGGGAAUCAAUAGCAUCCUCGGCCACCUACAGGACCGUUGCGGGGAGACAACUCAACUCGCCAUACGGGCUGGGCGGGAGACCGACGAAUACCUGGUCAACAUUGACCAAGCCGCGCAGUUGAUUGGGAUAGUGCGGGAAGCGGUCAAUCUCUCCGGCAGUGAAGUUCUGCUCGAUGCCUACACGGGCGUAGGCACGUUUGCCAUCCUUCUGACGCCCUUCGUAAAGCGGGUUUACGCCAUCGAAGAAUCAUCCGCAGCCGUGGCUGAUGCCAAGGAAAAUGCAGUGGGAGCCGAAAACAUCCAGUUCCUCUUGGGGAAGACGGAGGACGUAUUGGCAGACCUGCCGGAGCGCCCCGAUGUGGUGAUCCUCGACCCGCCCAGAGCCGGAUGCCAACCGUCGGCACUCGACCACCUGGCUAAACUACGUUCACCUAUGUUGGUUUACGUUUCCUGCGACCCCGAAACUCUGGCCAGGGACCUGAAACUACUCUGCGCCAACAACUAUUCUAUCGAACAAGUCCAACCCCUGGACAUGUUCCCCCAAACCCAUCACUGCUGGCUCGCCGGGCGCUCCACAGACGACUGGGAGUUGCUGACCGAACUGGGCCUGCGUUUUGAGGUGACCCCCUUCAACGCCCCGGAGGAACAACUUGAAGGCGAGUCGGCCGAAGAGAUGGUGCGUCGUCUUUCCAGCGACAAGGCCAUGCUGGUAGCAGGUCAGCUCAAAGAGGGUUUUGUAAUUGGGGCGGAUAGCACGGUGGUGCUGAAUGGCCGCUCCAUUGGCAAGCCAGAGGACGAAGGCGACGCACGUAAGAUGCUUCAACAGCUUCGGGCGACGGAACACCAGGUAACUACCGGCCUAACCGUGGUAGACGUUGCCACUGGCCUGUCUAUGACCGACCACAUGACACGCGGCCGAGUGACUCAUCGCCGACUUUGA